AGCUACGCUUCCUUUCUUUGUAUCAUUGUCUUUGCUUCAUACACAGUUCUAGGAUAGCUCAUACUUAGCAUACUGCAAACUUGAUCUCCAUUGGCCAACCAGUGCCAUUAGACUCCCAACUACUUCGGGGCAGUCACUGUCCUAUUCUCUGCUUCAGUAAAAGGAAAAUCAGCCCCAGAACAGGUCCUAGUACAAGUAAGUGCUCAAUAAAUACUUGUUAAAUGAAUGAAUGAAUUUCAAGACGCUUGAGACCACUGGUAAGAAUUUUGGGUUUCCAAAACCCUCCCCUUCCCAACCCCCAUUCGGUAAGAAUGCUUUCGCAUUAGCAUCAGGCCCGAGGUUACUCAUUAGAAACUGGGCAAAGCCGGAAGGCGGCCACUUUGCAGCAAAGAAGCCCUAGACCUUGGGAGUCAAUCACGCCAGCCCAGGCCGCACCACGGUGUCCUAGUUGACAGGUCGAGGGGCCUCGCGGGCCGCCUGCGUCGUCAGCUUACAGGGAUCCCGCGCGCCAGGUGAGCCCACACACGGCGCGGACGUUGGGACAGGCAGCAGGAGCCGGGGGGCGGGGCCAGCGUCGCCCCGCCCCGUCCUGCCUCGCCCUGUUCGCGCGUCCGUUGUCCGGCCUCCGGUCACGUGACAGCAGCGCAGGUGAGCGCCGCUUCCGGGGUCGGGCGCCUGGAUCGCGGCCGGCUCCGGCUUCCACUUGGUCGGUUGCGCGGUAGACUAUGGCGUCCUCCUCGGUCCCACCAGCCACGGUAUCGGCGGCGACAGCAGGCCCCGGCCCAGGUUUCGGCUUCGCCUCCAAGACCAAGAAGAAGCAUUUCGUGCAGCAGAAGGUGAAGGUGUUCCGGGCGGCCGACCCGCUGGUAGGCGUGUUCCUGUGGGGCGUAGCCCACUCGAUCAAUGAGCUCAGCCAGGUGCCUCCCCCGGUGAUGCUGCUGCCAGAUGACUUUAAGGCCAGCUCCAAGAUCAAGGUCAACAAUCACCUUUUCCACAGGGAAAAUCUGCCCAGUCAUUUCAAGUUCAAGGAGUAUUGUCCCCAGGUCUUCAGGAACCUCCGUGAUCGAUUUGGCAUUGAUGACCAAGAUUACUUGGUGUCCCUUACCCGAAACCCCCCCAGCGAAAGUGAAGGCAGUGAUGGUCGCUUCCUUAUCUCCUACGAUCGGACUCUGGUCAUCAAAGAAGUAUCCAGUGAGGACAUUGCUGACAUGCAUAGCAACCUCUCCAACUAUCACCAGUACAUUGUGAAGUGCCAUGGCAACACGCUUCUGCCCCAGUUCCUGGGGAUGUACCGAGUCAGUGUGGACAAUGAAGACAGCUACAUGCUUGUGAUGCGCAAUAUGUUUAGCCACCGUCUUCCUGUGCACAGGAAGUAUGACCUCAAGGGUUCCCUAGUGUCCCGGGAAGCCAGCGAUAAGGAAAAGGUUAAAGAAUUGCCCACCCUUAAGGAUAUGGACUUUCUCAACAAGAACCAGAAAGUAUAUAUUGGUGAAGAGGAGAAGAAAAUAUUUCUGGAGAAGCUAAAGAGAGAUGUGGAGUUUCUAGUGCAGCUGAAGAUCAUGGACUACAGCCUUCUGCUAGGCAUCCACGACAUCAUUCGGGGCUCUGAACCAGAGGAGGAAGGGCCCGUGCGGGAGGAUGAGUCAGAGGUGGAUGGGGACUGCAGCCUGACUGGACCUCCUGCUCUGGUGGGCUCCUAUGGCACCUCCCCAGAGGGUAUUGGAGGCUACAUCCAUUCUCAUCGGCCCCUGGGCCCAGGAGAGUUUGAGUCCUUCAUUGAUGUCUACGCCAUCCGGAGUGCUGAAGGAGCCCCCCAGAAGGAGGUCUACUUCAUGGGCCUCAUUGAUAUCCUUACACAGUAUGAUGCCAAGAAGAAAGCAGCUCAUGCAGCCAAAACUGUUAAGCAUGGGGCUGGGGCAGAGAUCUCUACUGUCCAUCCAGAGCAGUAUGCUAAGCGAUUCCUGGAUUUUAUUACCAACAUCUUUGCCUAAGAGACUGCCUGGUUCUCUCUGAUGUUCAAGGAGCUAGGGGAAGGGGGUUGUUUGCCAUCUUCAGGACCUGACUGGACAGAUGGACCUGGCUCAAGCAACUACUCUGGAUGCACUUCACUGUGUGGGAUGAACUAAAAGUGUCUGAAUUUUGCUGAUAACUUUAUAAAACUCACUAUGGCAUGCCUCCCUCCUGGUGGGCCCUAGGAUGGAUGACAGUCAAGAUACUACAGAUGUGGGUGCAGGCAUGCACACACACGAUGGAAUAUGGCCAUUCCUACACAGGUGGGGUAGAGAGUGGGUCAGCAGCCUGGCACCUCACAGAGGUGGGACCUAAGAGGACUCUUGUGAUUAUGCAGAGAAUUGGAUUGGGUCUCUGUCAAAGAUUGAGUAAUCUCUUCCCUCACCUCAAUUCCGUCCCCACCCAUCUCUACAUCUGGGCACAGGAGCCCAGAGAUGGCCAAAAGCAUUCAAGCCUGGAGGAAGAUGUUUGACUAUUGCUGCUUUUCACCGAAACCUCACCCCUCUCCUGGGACUGGAACCCUUCAGUGGGUGUGUGGCCAGUUUUGGAGGCUGGGAUGAUGGGCCAGGGUGUAAGAUUCAUUCUCCAUGUAAAGUUUCCUUUCAUCCUGCCUAGCCAUCCCCAAGGUUUAUUUCCAGAAGAAAGGAAUAUCUCUACUUAGAUCAAUUUUGGUCAUUUCAAGAGGAUGGAGGCCUCAAGUGUGGGAACUUCCCCUACUCCCUGGAUGUGUGUGCCUAGCACGCUUCCUUCUCCCACCCCUUUUUCCAGUUGGAUUUGUUUUUCCGUUCUCUUCUGUCUUGUCUUAUACUGCAACCGUGUCUCUUAGGGGACAGAUGGCCUUCUUUGUCAUCUUCACUCUCCACCCCCAGAGAGGAGUCAGAGCCAUAACUCAAUCACUCAGCCCUUCCAAAGAUAGUUGAGUUGAUGUGUGAUAUUCUCAUAAUGUUGAGAACCCUGAUGAGAUACAUUGUCUUCCUCUCCCUACAGUGCCUCUGGGGCCAAGGCACCCAUUCUUGCUAUCCUCCAUCCCCCUUGAGGCUUCCACUUUUUUUUUUAAACAUAAAGAUGGGCACCAGCAACUGGCCUGUGGUGAUGCAAAGCUGCUUUGCUCUGUAUCUGGCUGGACUGAUCUGUCUCAUAAGAAGCCAUGAGGCCAUAGGGAGAAGCUCCCUCUCCUCUUCAUCUUCUGCUCCAAAGGUGGUAGCAAGAGGAGUCCCCAAUUAGGGGUUGGAGCCCCCAUGUAACAUCUUCCUGUCAGAAGACUGAUGGAUCUUUUUCAUUCCAACCAUCUCCCUUUCCCCUGAUGAAUGCAAUAAAACUCUGUGACACCAGCAACCAUUGUUCUUUAGAAAUGGGUUUUCUGAUCACAUGGCUGAUGUAUUAUGGGCAGUAUGGAUGUCUUCAUUUGUUGCUUCUGUUUUUCAUCUUUUUUGUUUUAUUAAUAAAAAUUUAUGUAUUUGCUCCCAUUACUAUCAUAAUACAGGAAAUAAAUUAUUCA